AUGGCGCAGAAAGAAGAUCAUCUGGACCAGGAAACCUUUUCUUGUUCAAUUUGUCUGGAUCUACUGAACGAUCCGGUGACUGUUCCUUGUGGACACAGCUACUGUAUGAACUGUAUUAAAGGAUUCUGGGAUAGAGAAGAUCAGAUGAAGAUCUACAGCUGCCCUCAGUGCAGACAGAUCUUCACACCGAGGCCUGUCCUGGUGAAAAACACCAUGUUUGCAGCUUUAGUGGAGCAGCUGAAGAAGACUGGACUCCAAGCUUUUCCUACUGAUCACUGCUAUGCUGGACCUGAAGAUGUGGCCUGUGAUGUCUGCACUGGGAGGAAGAGGAAAGCCUUCAAGUCCUGUCUGACCUGUCUGGCUUCUUACUGUGAGAAUCACCUCCAGCAUCAUUAUGAUGCAGCUCCAUUAAAGAAACACAAGCUGGUUGAGCCCUCGAAGAAGCUCCAGGAGAACAUCUGCUCUCGUCAUGAUGAGGUGAUGAAGAUGUUCUGCCGUACUGAUCAGCAGAUAAUCUGUUAUCUCUGCUCUGUGGAUGAACAUAAAGGCCACGACACAGUCUCAGCUGCAGCAGAAAGGACUGAGAGGCAGAGAGAGCUCGAGGUGAGUCGACUAAACAUCCAGCAGAGAAUCCAGGACAGAGAGAAAGAUGUGAAGCUGCUUCAACAAGAGGUGGAGGCCGUCAGUCGCUCUGCUGAUAAAGUAGUGGAGGACAAUGAGAAGAUCUCCACUCAGCUGAUCCGUCUCAUCCAGAAAAGAAGCUCUGAUGUGAAGCAGCAGAUCAGAUCCCAGCAGGAAACUGAAGUGAGUGGAGUCAAAGAGCUUCAGGAGAAGCUGCAGCAGGAGAUCACUGAGCUGAAGAGGAAAGACGCUGAACUGAAGCAGCUCUCACACACAGAGGAUCACAACCAGUUUCUACACAACUACCCCUCAGUGUCACAACUCAGUGAACCUACAGACUCAUCCAGCAUCAAUAUCCGUCCUCUGAGCUACUUUGAGGAUGUGACAGCAGCUGUGUCAGAGCUCAGAGAUAAACUACAGGACAUCCUGAAGGAGGAAUGGACAAACAUCUCACUGACAGAGACAGAAGUGGACGUUUUACUGCCAGAACCAGAACCAGAACCAGAACCAGAACCAGAGCCCAAGACCAGAGCUGAGUUCUUAAAAUAUUCAUGUGAAAUCAUUCUGGAUCCAAACACAGCAAACUCACGGCUGGUAUUAUCUGAUGGGAACAGAAAAGCAGUAGUAAAGAGCCAAAAACAGUGUUAUUCUAAUAAUCCAGACAGAUUCAUUGAAUGUACUCAGGUCCUGAGCAAAGAGAGUCUGACUGGACGUUGUUACUGGGAGGUGGAGUGGGGAGGGGAAGGAGUUGAAGUCGCUGUCGCAUACAAAAAUAUCAGCAGAGAUGGAGACAUGUGUGAAAGUGGAUUUGGAGGCAGUGACCAAUCUUGGAUGUUAUGUUGUGACAGUGACGGUUUGGAAUUUUGGUUCGACUGUAAAAGCACAGCUCUCUCAGGUCCUCUGCCCUCCAGAGUCGGAGUGUACCUGGAUCACAGAGCAGGUAUUCUGUCUUUCUACAGCAUCUCUGAAACCAUGACUCUCCUCCACAGAAUCCAGACCACAUUCACUCAGCCUCUCUAUGCUGGACUUGGGCUUCAUUAUAAUGGAGACAAAGCUGAGUUGUGUAAACUCAAAUAG